ACAAAGCUAUUUUUUAGUUUUAAGAGUAUUACAUUUGCAAUGGAGCAUAAUAUAGGUUUUGUAGGAGGUGGGGAAAUGGCAUAUGCUGUUGCAAUGGGAAUACUAAAAGGAGGUGUAAAAGCACCAUCAAUACUUGUGAGCAAUCCUUCGGCAGAAAAAUUGGUUCGAUUUCAAAAUAAAGAGAUAAAAACAACUAGCAAUAAUAUGGAAGUUCUUCAAACUUGUAAUAUAAUAUUUUUAUGUGUCAAACCUCAGAUAUUUCCAAACGUUGUAAAAGAAAUGGAUGAUCAUGAAUUUAAAAGCCAAGAUCAGCUUAUUAUAUCUGUUAUUGCUGGAUUGACAAAUGCAAAGUUGGAGGCGGUUUUUCCAAAUUCUCGAGUGAUACGAACCAUGCCAAACACACCAUGUUUAGUUCAGUCUGGUGUGUUCCUAUAUUGUGGUGGUAAGAGUGCCACGGAAGAUGAUAUUAAACUUUUACUUCAAUUGAUUUCAUCAUGCGGAGAGUGUUUAUCAUUAGCUGAACAUUUGAUUGAUGCUGGACAAGCUAUAUCUGGUUGUGGCCCUGCAUAUAUGUUCACCGCUAUGGAUGCUCUUGCAGAUGGUGGAGUGAAAAUGGGACUUCCAAGAGCACUUGCCAUAAAAUUAGCUGCAAAAACUUUAGUGGGAGCUGGAAAGAUGCAUUUAGAAACUGGUUUACAUCCUGGAGUUCUUAAAGAUGCCGUCACCUCACCUGGUGGUGUUACUAUUUGUGCAUUGCAUGAGUUAGAUAAAGCAGGCUUCCGUGCUGCAUUAAUCGGGGCUGUUUGUAGUGCUACUACUAGAUCAAAAGAAAUGGCAAACUUUAACAAAUAAUCAUGUUUGAUUUGUGCCAAUGUUUAUUUUGGUGAAUUUUUUUUAGCUUUCAGUUAUAGAUUUUUAGUGGUAAUGAAUAAUACUUUUUACGCGAUAUGAAUUAGUAAUAUUUAGCACUUCAUAAUCAAAACACAGUUAUGUGGUUAAAAUACUAUUGAAAAUGUGCAUAUGGAUAGAGGUGCCACAAUGUUACUUAACACUACCAUCAAAGUUUACCAAAAUAUUACACCUUCUAAAAAAUUGUGUGAAAAAAACGCUGCAGUAAAAAAAUCAGCUGUUUCAGCAAUGCAUAGAAUUUUCCAUAAGAAAAAUGACACUAAAAUUUGACCGUUUCUAGUUUCUAAACUACCAAAGAAAAUUUUUUUUGGAUUUAGUGUAAUAAAUUCUUCUUCUCUGUGAACAUAUAAAAAAUAUAAACUUUAUGAUCUUUUAA